AUGUCGGAAAGGCAAGGUCCUAUCAGAGCAUUUGUUCCACUAUCCAGCAAUUUCGAUCUGCACAACGGCGAAGUAGACACUUUUGCGGAUCAGCGUCCCAUGGUGGCAAUGGUCGACACCUACACCACCAUUCCUGAUCGACAGUAUUGUUCUGUUUCGAUAGUGUCACUCAGUAGUGGUAAGGGUGUACGAAGGUUUGCGUUCGAAGAGCCUGUUUGUGGCUUAAACACUGCAUCCAGGUACCUUGUGAUAUCAUUAUCUACACGCUUGGUGGUCUAUGAUACCGUAACAUUAGCUGAAAUGCGGUCGAUCCGAGUUGUCCAGCCACCAGAAUCUUGUGCUCCUGCAAUUGCGCUAAAUCAACAAUUUGUUGCCUUUGCGGACUUCAAGUUGAAUCCGGAUAUGCAGAGUUGCGGCGGAAUGUGCGCUGAUGUCGACGAUGCUCCUGCUACUUAUGCUAAUCAGAUGUUCAGCGUAGCUAAGGCUCUGUCGCGCACAGUCACUUCUUCCGUAACCCGUGUAAGUGGCUCGAAAGCGGGUGAAGUUCCCAUGGGCAUUGUCACCGUGAUAGACUUGGAGAAGGAGGUUGAAGAAGGAAAUGAGGCGUUAGCCGUGAUGGCACAUUUUGCGGCUCAUAAUGACCCAUUGGCACAUAUGGCAUGGUCUCCUGAUGGUCGUCUGCUAAUGACAGCCGAUACUUCAGCAUGUGUUUUCCACAUAUUUUCCAUUCUUACACAUCCAUAUACGCCGCUUUUGUCUGCUGUGCAGCAUCUGUACCGCUUGCGCAGGGGUACAACUAUUGCCAAGGUGGUUUCAUGUGCUUUUUCUCUUGACUGUCGAUGGUUGUCGAUUUGCACAAACCAUGGAACGUGUCAUGUUUUCGCGAUCAGUCCUUAUGGUGGUAAGCCGUCGAGACGUACUCAUGGAGAACAUUUUACCAAUAAAGAUUCUCGCUUUCUGCGAUCAGCUGGUUUGGCUGGAGGUGUCGAUGCGCAAGCUGUGUUACCGCCACGUUCUAGGAACCAUAGUGGAGCGACACCAACGGCAAGGGAGCAUCCAUGCAUGUGGAAUCGCACCAUGGCUCGCUCUACCGCUAAUCCUAGGAUAGGACCCUAUUCUCCUCCAGUUACACUGGAUUCUGUGAAGAAAAUAAGGUCACAGUUGAGCGCGACCAAUCUUCUUGCCCUUGGAAAAGAUCUGGCUCCUCUUGCUUUGGCAGCUGUGGGCGCUGGUGGAAGCUCAAAACGUCGUGCCAGCGUUGAUUUGCCGCGAGUAGCGCUCGCCUUCUCCAGUCGAACAGCAGCGACCGCUCGAUCUCCAGCACUCCUAAUCGCCAGUGCUGAUGGAGGUGUUGUCUGCGAGUACGAGCUGCAUCCACGAGUCUUGGGUUCGAUGAGCACAGAAGAUCCGCCACAAAUCGAUGUGUUGCCAGCAGCAAUGUGGACUUUGCAUAGAACAAAGAACAAUGCAGACAUUCCGCCGCCAUUGCAGCCCGGCAGUCCGCUAAUUACUUGGUUGGUGCCCGAUAAAAAGCGACAAAGGAACGUGCGGGAGCCGGACACAUGGAUUCCGCAAGUUGAAGUGUGCACUUAUUCUGGUCCUCAUCGAAGACUUUGGAUGGGCCCACAGUUCAAAUUUUUCGAGUAUCGUGAGGAGAGUAGUAGCGCUGAGCUGAUGACACCAUCAGAAUCGCGGCACUCUCUUUCCUCCAUCAAAUCGGUUCCCGUUGUGAUAGGAGGUGAGUAUAAUUCAAGAUUUCACUAGCA